AUCUGGCGGCCGGAGCCUCGGGGCAACUGCAACCUCGCCGACCGCGUUGCGCCCCACCGCGCAGCCCCCCGUUAGGGGAGUCCGGAGCCAGGGGAGCGCCCACCUGAAGGCCACAGCCGCGGAGCCUAAGGGGGGAUCUGGGCGGCAGCAGUCAUCGUUUACCAGAUCAAAUACUAUCUGCAGCCCGACUGAUGCUGAGUGUUUGAUAAGAACGGGACCGGCCAGCUUUAAAGUUUGGAAAAUGGCAUCAUACUUUGUAUCAGCAUGAGUGCCAUUUAACUUGUCAGUCAUCCAUAAAAUGAGUGCCCAGAAUAAACCGAUAAGAGAGAUUUAGCCCUCUGCUGAAGAUGAAGAAAAGAAGGAUUUACUGAGAGAUCUGGAAACCGAUAGAUUUGUCUGGAGCUUGAUAUACGGACUGUCUGGACAAUUUUCUGUUUCUUGGUGUCACUGACUUGCAGGAAGAGGAAGACUCUCCACCCCAUAGCCACCUUUGAUUUUGGAAGAGCAAGUCAUGGGCGAAGUGAGAGAAGGGGAGGAGAAGCUUAUAAGGAAAAGUCAUUCAGUCAUGCCAGUGGCAUACCAGCUAACGGGAAUCAACGAUGCCUCGCAGUCCGACUUCAAGUGAAGAUGAUAUGGCCCAAAGCUUUUCUGAUUAUUCAGUGGAAUCAGAAUCAGAUAGCUCCAAAGAAGAAACCAUCUAUGACACAAUCCGGGCCACUGCUGGGAAACCAAACACGAAAACAGAAGAAAAUCAGAAUAACACACUGGUUAUACGAAUAAUCAUUCAUGAUCUACAGCAGACGAAAUGCAUAAGAUUUAACCCAGAUGCUUCAGUUUGGGUUGCAAAACAACGGAUUCUGUGCACAUUGAAUCAGAGCUUAAAAGAUGUUCUGAAUUACGGCCUAUUCCAGCCUGCAAACAAUGGAAGAGAUGGGAAAUUCUUGGAUGAGGAACGACUUCUUAGAGAAUAUCCACAACCAGAGAACAAGGGUGUUCCUUCUUUGGAGUUUCGGUACAAGAAGAGGGUAUAUAAACAACCCAAUCUUGAUGAGAAACAACUGGCCAAGCUCCACACAAAGACAAACCUGAAAAAGUGUAUGGAUUACAUUCAACAUCAUUCUGUGGAGAAAAUCAUAAAGAUGUUGGAACGAGGUUUGGACCCCAAUUUCCAUGAUCUGGACACUGGAGAAACUCCGCUGACUUUGGCUGCUCAGCUGGAAGAGACUGUGGAGGUGAUUAAAGCUCUAAAAAAUGGGGGUGCCCAUUUGGAUUUCAGAGCUAAAGAUGGAAUGACAGCUCUCCACAAAGCAGCUAGAGCAAAGAACCAAAUCACUCUCAAGACUCUUUUGGAGCUUGGAGCGUCUCCUGACUAUAAAGACAGUUAUGGUCUUACCCCCCUGUAUCACACUGCGGUCGUUGGAGGGGAUCCAUACUGUUGUGAAUUACUCCUCCAUGAACAUGCCUCAGUCAGCUGUAAAGAUGAAAAUGGCUGGCAAGAGAUCCAUCAGGCUUGUCGAUAUGGACACGUACAGCAUUUGGAACACUUGCUUUUCUAUGGAGCAGAUAUGGGAGCACAGAACGCCUCUGGGAAUACAGCCCUGCACAUCUGUGCCCUUUAUAAUCAGGACAACUGUGCAAGAGUUAUAUUGUUUCGAGGGGGCAAUAAGGAGUUAAAGAAUUACAACAGCCAAACUCCAUUUCAGGUGGCGAUUAUAGCAGGAAAUUUUGAGCUGGCUGAGUAUAUCAAGAAUCACAAGGAAACAGAUAUUGUGCCAUUUCGAGAGGCUCCGACCUAUUCCAACCGAAGGCGGAGGCCUCAGAGCACCCUGGCGGCUCCCCGGAUUCUGCUUCGCUCUAACAGUGACAACAACCUCAACAUCAACAACGUCCCUGAGUGGUCGGCCUGCUCCUCCGCCGCUUCACACCGCAGCCUCUCGCCUCAGCUACUACAACAGAUGCAGAAUAAUCCUAAUGGCACAGUGAAAACCAUCGGGAGCUACACCCCAGGACCUCGGAGUCGGUCACCAUCCCUGAACAGGCUUGGAGAAGAUGCCAAGAGGCAGCAGCAUAGGCACAUCAGUGCUGGCUUCAGUCCUGGUGCUAAUAAGGAGACUGUCUCCACCUUCGACUAUCAGGGCCCAAAGCGCAAGCUGUACAGUGCCGUUCCUGGAAGACUCUUUGUGGUCGUGAAGCCAUAUCAACCUCUAGUAGAUGGAGAGAUUCACCUUCACCGAGGGGACAGAGUAAAAGUUUUGAGCAUUGGUGAAGGUGGCUUCUGGGAAGGCAGUACUCGAGGACAUAUUGGAUGGUUUCCUGCAGACUGUGUUGAAGAAAUUCAGUGUAAACCAAAUGAAAGCAAGCCAGAAACUCGCGCAGAUAGAACAAAAAAGUUAUUUAGACACUACACAGUGGGCUCUUAUGACAGCUUUGAUGCUUCAAGUGACUGCAUUAUUGAAGAAAAGACGGUGGUCCUGCAGAAAAAAGACAAUGAGGGAUUUGGAUUUGUGCUCAGAGGGGCAAAAGCUGAUACUCCAAUUGAAGAAUUUACCCCUACCCCAGCAUUCCCUGCUCUGCAAUAUCUGGAAUCCGUGGAUGAAGGUGGAGUAGCAUGGCAAGCUGGAUUGAGAACUGGAGACUUCUUGAUUGAGGUUAACAAUGAGAAUGUAGUGAAGGUUGGCCACAGGCAAGUGGUGAACAUGAUUCGACAAGGAGGAAAUCACUUAGUUCUUAAGGUUGUGACUGUAACCAGGAAUCUUGAUCCAGAUGACACAGCUAGAAAGAAAGCCCCUCCACCUCCAAAGCGAGCUCCAACCACUGCCCUGACCUUGCGGUCUAAGUCAAUGACCUCUGAGCUGGAAGAGCUUGUGGAUAAAGCUUCAGUUCGGAAGAAGAAGGAUAAAGUAGAUGAAAUAGUCCCAGUUCCCAAGCCAUCAAGGACCGCAGAGAAUGUAACUGUAGAAUCAAGAGUGGCAACCAUUAAACAGCGGCCAACUAGUCGAUGUUUUCCUUCUACUACUGAUAUGAAUUCCAUGUAUGACCGGCAAGGGAUUGCUGUGAUGCCACCCACUGUUCCUGGAAGUCCCAAAGGCCCUUUUCUGGGCCUCCCUCGAGGUACAAUGAGAAGGCAAAAAUCAAUAGACAGCAGAAUCUUUCUAUCAGGAAUUACAGAGGAAGAACGGCAAUUCCUGGCCCCUCCAAUGCUAAAGUUCACUCGAAGUCUAUCCAUGCCAGACACCUCAGAAGACAUUCCUCCUCCACCCCAAUCUUUGCCCCCUUCGCCCCCACCACCUUCCCCGAUAGCUUACAAUUCUCCCAAGUCUCCAACCUCACGAGUGUACGGGACCAUCAAGCCCGCAUUUACUCAAAAUUCAGGUCCAAAGAUUACACCGUCCGCUCGGUCCGAAAAUGUCAGCACGAUGAUGCGGGACAAGGGGAUGUAUUACCGCCGGGAACUGGACCGUUACUCUCUUGAUUCUGAAGACCUGUACAACAGGAACGCUGCAGCUCAGCCAAACUUCAGAAACAAGAGGGGCCAGAUGCCGGAAAACCCAUAUUCGGAGGUGGGGAAGAUAGCAAGCAAAGCGGUUUAUGUUCCUGCCAAGCCAGCGAGACGGAAGGGAAUGCUGGUGAAGCAGUCUAACGUGGAGGACAGCCCAGAGAAAACCUGUUCGAUCCCUAUUCCGACCAUUAUCGUGAAAGAACCGUCGACGAGCAGCAGUGGGAAAAGCAGCCAAGGGAGCAGCAUGGAAAUCGAUCCCCAGGCUUCGGAGCAGCCCGGCCAGCUCAGGCCGGACGACAACCUAAAUGUCAGCAGCCCAUUUGCAGCUGCCAUCGCCGGGGCUGUCAGGGACAGGGAGAAGAGGCUGGAGGCUAGGCGGAACUCGCCCGCCUUCCAGUCCACUGACCUGGGAGAUGAGGACGUGGGCCUGGGGCUGGAACCCCCCACUCCGAGGACGAGGCCCUCGAAGAUGACAGAGGAGGGGGAGUUCCCCAAUGAAGACAGUCCUCAGCAGCCCCCCUCACCCACUCUGGCAGCGGCAGUGGCCCCUAGGGAUGCCGAGAACCACUUCGGUAACGGCGAAGGCGGCGGCAGCGGUGGCCAGGGCGAGCUGGAGAGUUCAAGGUUGGUCAAUACCUGCUCAAAAGCAAAGAGCCCCGAAAGCAGCACAACUCCCUCCAAAAGCGAUCCCGCAGCCAGCACUGACAAUUACGUCCACCCCCUCACCGGAAAGCUAUUGGAUCCCAAUUCACCGUUAGCCCUGGCACUGUCUGCCAGGGAUAGAGCCAUGAAAGAAACCCAGCAGGGCCCUGGUAAGGGGGAGACAGCUAAAGCAGACCUGAACAAACCCCUUUAUAUCGACACAAAAAUGAGGCCUGGGAUUGAAGCUACGUUCCCUCCGGUGACCCGCCAGAGCACCCGGGGCCCACUGAGGAGGCAAGAGACGGAGAACAAGUAUGAGACGGACAUGGGGAAAGACAAGAAAGGGGAUGAGAAAAAAAACAUGCUGAUCAACAUCGUGGACAUGUCCCAACAGAAGUCAGCUGGCUUGCUCAUGGUGCACACCGUAGAAGAGGCGAAGGCUAACGAAGGGCCCACUGGUGAGGAUGAGAAGGUUGAAAUGGAAACCAAGCCAGAAGACUCUUUGUCCGAGAUUCCAGAAAGUGUCCAGGAAACCGAAGGUGCUUUAAAGGCGUCGGCUGCUCCAGGCCCGGCCGCCCCCGCCGGUAAAACCAUCGUGGCGGUUUCCUCGGUGGACGAGCCCAUCAUUUUGCCAUUUCGCAUUCCUCCACCCCCUUUGGCAUCGGUUGACUUAGACGAAGACUUUAUUUUUACAGAGCCAUUGCCUCCUCCCCUAGAAUUUGCUAACAGUUUUGAUAUCCCCGAUGACCGCUCGGCUCCGGUUACAACCGCGACGGACAUGAUUAAGCCGAGAAAAAGCGACACUCCCCAGUCACCUUCAUUCAACUCCAGCCAACCAACCAACUCUUUGGACAGUAAGAAACCGGCGGGUUUUUCAAACUGUUUGCCUGCCUCCUUUCUGCCCCCGCCCGAAAGUUUUGAUAACGUCACUGACUCUGGCAUUGAGGAGGUGGACAGUCGCAGUAGUAGUGACCACCAUUUAGAGACAACCAGCACUAUCUCCACUGUGUCCAGCAUCUCUACCUUGUCAUCGGAAGGUGGUGAGAACUUGGACACCUGUACAGUCUAUGCAGAUGGGCAAGCAUUUAUGGUUGACAAACCCCCAGUACCUCCUAAGCCAAAAAUGAAGCCCAUACUCAACAAAAGCACUGCACUUUACAAAGAUGCUCUAAUGGAAGAAAAUGUAGAUAGUUUUGUUAUCCCCCCACCUGCUCCACCUCCACCUCCUAUCGGGGUCCAGCCUGGGACAGCAAAGGUUAUUCAGCCAAGGACCUCCAGACUAUGGGGUGAUGUCACAGAGGUCAAAAGCCCAAUCCUCUCAGGCCCGAAGGCAAAUGUCAUUAACGAAUUGAACUCAAUACUGCAGCAAAUGAACCGGGAGAAAUCCACAAAGCCAGGGGAAGGAUUGGAUUCACCAACAGGAACCAAAACCGCAAGUCUCAGUACAAGGAGCACGGAAGUCAUGAGCACGGUCUCAGGGACCCGAAGUACAACGGUCACGUUCACCGUCCGGCCUGGAACCAGCCAGCCCAUCACCCUUCAGAGCAGGCCCCCGGAUUACGACAGCCGGACCUCAGGAAUGAGACAUGCCCCGAGCCCCGUAGUCUCGCCGACCGAGCUAAGCAAAGAGCUCACACCCACCCCUCUGAGCGCCACUGCGGCUUCUCCUUCUCCCACCAUCUCGGAGGUCUUCAGCCUUCCGAGCCAGCCACCUUCCGGGGACCUCUUUGGCUUGAAUGCCGCAGGCCGCAGCAGGUCUCCGUCUCCCUCAAUAUUGCAACAGCCAAUCUCAAAUAAGCCUUUUACAACUAAACCUGUCCACCUGUGGACUAAGCCAGAUGUGGCAGAUUGGCUGGAAAGUCUAAACUUAGGCGAGCAUAAAGAGACCUUCAUGGACAAUGAAAUCGAUGGCACUCAUCUACCGAACCUUCAAAAGGAAGACCUAAUAGACCUGGGAGUGACUAGAGUGGGACAUAGAAUGAACAUAGAAAGAGCUUUGAAGCAGCUACUGGACAGAUAAGGAUGGAUCUUCUUCUGGUUAUAAGUAGAGAUGGGCUUGUACUGAACUUUCCCCAUGGCCUUGCUGAUUUGUGAGCUACCACCAUUAUCCCCCGGGUUACUUCACUUCCUGGCACCCAAAGAAGGGCCGAGGGUUUCCUUAAGUGGCUCUAAGCAGAAGUGCACAGAUGGGAAGAGAGCUUCUGGGGGAGAUUGGGAGAGAAGUUGGGUUUUUUUUAAGUCUGCACCUCGUUACCACUAUGGGGAGCUUAUCACGCUUCUGUUGGGUCCAGAAGCUUCCCCAGUGGUUUAGCACAGGGGCAUUGCGCUUUCCAACAGAGAACAUGGUGCACUCUAUACCUCCCCCAAGCCUCCUCCUUUGGUCCUGAUCAGCUGUCACCACCCCUGCUCCAACACAGGUCCCUUGGUCUUAUCCUCUUCCGAGGCUCCUUGCGCCUCAGUGGAUGCUCACCUGCCUCUUUGUCUUCAAGGGGUUGUAAGCCACACAACCUAAAACAAGUUGAUUUCACAGAUGCACAUCUUGGGACUUAGGUAGAGAAGCAUUUUUUUUUUUCCAAAUCCUCCAGGUCGUUUCCACACAUUGUGUUACAGCCAUGGUGGUUUAGCAGCAGCUUCCUGCAGGUACGGUGGAGACUUCAUCUGAGAUUGUAUCACCUCGCUGACCUUUCUUUAUUUCUGUAAAUCGCGUUCGCACAUUUCCAAGGUGGCCAAACAGGUGGCACCGGCAGAGUUGGUAAAGCACAUAGCCACAGUCGAAAGAUGGUGGGAAACCCCAGUCAAGGCCUGGUCUGACCAGACAUACCGCCCUGGCAUGUCAACGCUGAGCCGGGGUGGGGAGUACCAGACACGUGGAUGAAAAUCGGACUGGGAGGAGCUGAUUCACUCACCUUUUUUACCCUGGAGCAUCUUUUUGACUUGAAGAUCUGAUAGAGCAUCCACAUAGCUACUGAAAGCCAAGAUCAGAAGGAGGUUAACAGGAGACCUUGUGGUGUGACCACUUCAGCUGGAGAGGAGCAGUCCAACUGUACUAGCAGAUCUGUAAAAGCAUCAGAGGAGGAUGUUCCCCUGACCUAUUUGAAAAGAAGUUUUAUCUAGCAGCUCCUCAAACAAGCAGUGUCGAAGGUUGAGGUUCAGAGGGCGGGCAGUAGUAAAACACGGGGCUGAAAAAAAGCAAAGGCUAGGGUCUUGGGGGCAGAGAUUCAAAGAAAGGGAAGUGGAAGUGGCACUCCAAAGACUUGAUGGCAUUUUGGGUCAUGGGGUAGAAAACCGAUUAACCACUGGUCCCAGUCUAAUAAGGUUCUCUCCCUAGUUGGUUGUUAGGGCCCUUUCACCCCUCCCCUUUAACCUAGUACCUCUAACUUCUGGAGGAUGAAGGAUAAAUUGCAUCUGGACAGAGAACAUCCAGCAAGGUUUCCAGCACUUUCUUGCACCAGUGGAAGGAAACUGAAGGCUUUUUUUGCUUUCUGAAAUAGCCCAUCUCUAGUUAUAAUUUUUUUUUUCCUUUUCCUGCUUUUUUCCCCCCUCCUUUCUGCUCACAAUGAAGUGUCUGAUUAGGUCUGCAACGGCCCAAGUAUGAGUACAUAAAAUUUAGCAAUUUAAAUAUUUCUUUACUGCAAGUUUAAAUAGUUGUACAGAUAGUUUAUAAGCACAAUAUUUUAAGAAAAUAAGUGGCUGGUCUACUAGGCAGCCUUUGUGCCACUUCAGUGCAAGAAAGUUAAAAGAAAAAAAAACUUUUGUGAUUUAAUAAUACUAUUUCUGUGGAAUAAUUAUAAAAAGUAUGACCUUUUUAAAUCAACCUUAUUUGGAUGCAUCUGAACCAGCAGAGCUGUGUUAUAUUUUCUAUCUUUGCUAGGACUCCGCCACUGAAGGACAAAUAUUUCUUCAAACGCAGCGGUUGCUCAAAAAUACCCAACUCCAGUCACAUGGUCCCAUGUGGAAAACAAGUCUUUUGACUCUUCUCUGUUACUCUACCCUUUGCAGGUCAAUAUUUGUAUUUGAAAGUUCCAGUCCAACUUGUAAUAAAAAUCAAGUUAUUAAGGCAUUUUCCUUCAGAGUACUUUCAAUUUUUCCAUAACCCAGUGGAUAUUGCUGAGGGGAUUCUCAAGAAGAUACCUUCCCCAAGGGGCUAGAUGCUAUUUAAGAAGGUGUAAAAACGGUGACCCCACCAUCGUUUGUCUUCCAUCUGGUGAUAUUACAGAAUUCAGUCAAUAAACCGCUAACGCCAUGGUUUUGGGUUUCUUUUUUUUUUUUUGAAUACAGUUGGUGUUUUACCUCUAUGCUGUAUGCCAAGGAAUGCAUUAGGUGAAUUGGAAGAAAAAGAAAACUUGGACGCUGCUUUUUAAUCCUAACUUUGUUCGAUUUAUGUUUAUUGAAUUCAGGCACACAACCGUCAGUGAAACCUGGACGGUAUCCCUUUCUCAAAGAGCUGUAUUGUGCUUCUGCAUCUUUUUGGGCACUUACAUAAUGGAUUCAGAAUAACCGGUAGAAAGCAGAUUGAAACAUUUAAAGAGCUAAUGAAAUAGAUUAUUUUUUACAUUGUUUCUUAUGGUAUAAAAGUAAUAGGACCUCCUCCAGGGACCUGCCUUUAUCAGUACAAUAUCAUUUGCCAAGAUGAAUCAGCCUCUAGCUCGGUUGGAUGAUUUUGCUCCAGGAAGCAAUAGUUAGAAAUUCAAAUAGCCUCCUGCUUAUUCUCAUCCUCUGGAAAUAUUAGGAAUAGACCCCCUUUCAUGAUGAUACUCUUAACAGUGGAAGCAAAGUGUUAUACUGCUCAUAUAAGAAACAUGUUAACAGUAUUCCAGGUUUUAUGAUCAAAUUUUGUUAUAUACUGUAAUUUAAAUAAAUUGCAUUUACAUGCCUAGUUUCUGUAAUAUUUGUGUAUACAGUACCAAAAUCUCACGAGAUGUAAUUUGUGUAUAACUGCCUAGACUCCUCUUCCUGGGUGUCAGUGCACAUUUUAAGUUAACUCAUAUUAUAGAAUGACUAGAUGUGACUGUUGAUUUACAGACUUUACAUAUCACAAAACAAAUUCUUUGUGGUACUUAAGUUAAUAAAAUAGUGAUUUUUCUCUGAGUUCUUAAACAAGCAUUUCCCAGUUGAUCUGGCAAAGACUAUGUGAUUGAGCCACAAAUACUGACAAUUUUCCCAUUCAAUUUUCUUUUUUUAAAUAUGAAUCUGUUUCUCGCUAUAUAGUUUGUGUAACAACUUGUGUUCACGUUCUCUAUGUUGCUGUAAUUUUUGUGCUUUAAUUCCUCUUAUUUAGAAUUGAUUAAAAUCAAGCUCCUGUAACUUGCACUUUCCCCGAUCCUUAAUACUCUUGUAUGGCAACCAAAAUUACUGUAAAGAAAUAAAUAUAAUAUUGCACUAAGGUUGUGGUUCUGAUUGCAAACAGUGAAAACUGUCUGAAUUAAAAGAAGUUGCCAAACUUGCAA